AUGUUAUCACCACAAGAUCGCCAGGACAAGUUAGUCCGUGCUACUGAUUUAGAUGCAUUGAGCUGCAAGUAUAGUAUUAACAGAAACUUAUAUUUAAAUCCCCCAGAUGAAUUUGUGAAAGACUUGGUUGAGAGCUAUCAGCGUUACUUACAGUACUGUGUUGGGUACACAGGAUUAUCAUCCUCCCGUGCAUUAAAAGGACUCUUUCAGGAGAAGAAAAUGCCUAUAAUCAACCGAGGCUCAUACUUAAGGACAAGAGCAAUAGAUCAAGUAGUGAACAAGUUUAUAGGCGAAUUCAAGGACAGAUGUCAAAUUGUGUCAUUAGGGAGCGGCUCGGACACCAGAGCUUUCCAAAUCUUCAAGUCACACGCAAAUGUGAUAUAUCACGAAAUUGACUUUCCUGAGUCUGCAAAGGUGAAAAAAUUGGCAAUUUUACAGAAUCCUGUCAUCCGAGAGUUAGUGGGGACUAACGAGACGCUGCCUCUUAUUAAUAACAAAGAACAAUUUGAAAGCUAUUCCUCAGAAUUGCAUACUGAGAAGUAUCAUCUUCAUGGUAUUGAUUUGAGAACACUAAAGAAGCCGGAUUCUCAGAUUAAAGGCUUUCAGCCAGAAGUUCCCACAUUGGUUAUUAGUGAAUGUGUAUUGUGUUACUUAUCCCCUGAUGAAUAUCAACGCACAAUGAACUACUGGACAGAAAUUGCAGACCAGAAUUAUAUGGGAUUCUUGAUAUAUGAGCCAAUGUCACUAAAUGAUCAGUUUGGAGAGACAAUGACACUCAAUUUGCAAAGCAGAGGACUCAAUUUGCAAACUUUUAGCAAGUACCCAGACCUUAUAUCGCGGAAGAAGUUUCUUGAAGAGUCAUGUCACUUAAAAAAUUUGAGGCUUACUGAUAUGAGUUACAUUGGUGGAUAUAAAGUCAGGCAAGAUGGUCGUGAGUGGAUAGAUCAUAAAGAGAUGGGUCGAAUAAAUAAGUUGGAGAUGAUAGAUGAAAUAGAAGAAAUUCGUCUCUUGCUUGAGCACUACUGUUUGAUUUAUGGGGAGUAUACAGAGGAGAAAACUUUGAAUUUCAAAGGCAUCGACACCUGGAGCUGGAUCUUACUGUAG